AUGGCUAGUACACAGGAAGUGUUCACAGCAGCUCAGGUGGGUAGCAUUCUUGAGGAUGACACCGAGUUUGUUUUCUCUGGAAGCGAUGAUGACUUCGAUGCUCUCCUUGAUGAAGACCUCGACCCACUAGAGAGAGAGCAAGUGAGAGAUCACACCCCCGAGCCAUCUCCUGCACCAUCAGAGACACCAUCAUUUCCUGGACCAUCGCCUGGACCAUCGACCCAGCAUGCUACACUACCCACUCACAGCCGAGAGACCAAUAGAUAUGCUGCCUCCUGUCUGGCAUCCUCCAACCCCAGUAGUGGACCAGUACCCGAGUGGAGUACAAGCGAAGAGGAGAUCAGAGCAUACCUCGGAUUGUCAAUCCUGAUGGGAAUCACGAAGCUGCCAGACCUGUACGAUUACUGGUCUACCUCAGAUGUUCUCCACAACUUUGCCAUUGCCUCUAGGAUAUCUCGGAAACGGUUUCUGGAAAUUCAGAGGUACCUGCACGACUUCGCCGUGUACACUGGGAAGGAGGGAACAGUUCAGAAAGACCUUGGGGGAGAUCUGGAGAGAGGAGAAAGCAUUGCUCGUCAGAGGGGUAAUCUGGUGGCAACCGUCUGGAGGGACCGGAGGUUGGUGUACGCAAUGUCCACCAACAGCGACCCUACAACACCAGCGACAGUCCAGAGAAAAGGGAAAGAUGGCACAACUCACACAGUGUCCUGCCCAAGAAAUGUAGUUGCCUACAAUAAAUACAUGGGGGGAGUUGACCAUGCAGACCAACUCCGCAACUACUACCAUGUCAGGUGCAAGUCCAGAAAGUUCUAUCGAUACCUCUUCUGGUUCGCCUUCGAUUGUGCAGUUGUCAAUGCCUUUAUCCUCUGGAAAAACUACCAGCCCCUGACAGAUGUGAGCGUGCGUCAGCAGAACAUCAAACACUUUCGAAUUGCGCUAGCCAAUGGACUCAUUGGGUCCUACAACUCACGUCAGCGGUAUGCUGUCCCAACUUCGGUGAAAGAGGCCAGUAUCCACAGCAGAUGUCCACCACGAAAGAGAGCCAGGACAGCGAGCAGCACACCCAUCACAGGGCCACAUUUUCCCAUCAAGGGCAACCGUGGAAAAUGUUUCUUUUGCUGGAACAUCAGAGGAGAGAGACACGAGACUAACGUGCGGUGCAGGCAGUGUGGCAAAGCCCUGUGCGUGGAAUCGAGGGAUCCCCCUGGCCCAUCAUGCUUUGAACGAUACCAUUCACACUCUCAAUAACUUGACUAAGCCUUUCAUCAUCCCCCCUUACUUAUCUGCACUCUGUAACCCAAUGCAAAACUGAAGCAGCCAUUACAUAACAAUCUCACCUUUUUCCACGCAGCGUUUGCGCUUCCUCCCCGCGCAAAAGAAUAUUAUUAGCUUCUGUGCGAGUAGACCAGAACCUCAGGCAAGGUUUGGAUCACAUGAUGGCCG